AUGGGUAGUCAUGAGCAGGGCCCGCCAGCCCAUAUGGGCAUCGACUUCACGCCCACAAUUCACCAUGACACCUAUCCCGCCAUCGAUUCCCUGCAAAGCACCGGCAUAGUUGGCAAACACGUCUUCCUCACCGGCGCUUCGAGAGGUAUCGGAAAGGCGAUGGCGAUCGCUUAUGCAAAAGCCGGCGCCUCCAUCGUCGGCAUCGGAGCGCGUUCUGAUCUCCAUCUUGCCAUCAAGGAAAUCGAAGAGGCUGCUACUUCUGCCGGAAGGGAGAUCCCGAAAGUCGUCCCUGUCAUCAUGGACGUGCUGAGCCCAGAAAGCGUGCAGCAGGUCGUUGAAGAGAUCACGCCGCACUUCAACAACAAGCUGGACAUUCUCGUCAGCAACGCAGGCUACAUGGAGACCUGGCGCCCAAUCGCAGAGGCCGACAUUGCGGACUGGUGGCAGUCAUGGGAGGUCAACAUCAAGGGCCAACUCAUGGUUUGGGAGGCCAUGCUUCCGCUCAUCCUCGCCGACGACUCGAGCCUGAAGACGAUGAUGAAUCUGUCCAGUAUUGGCGCUCAGAUGUCCACACCGGGCGGUAGCGCCUACCAAACAGCCAAGUUCGCGCUGCUCCGCCUCACGGAGUUCCUCAAUGCUGAGUACGGGGAGCGGGGAUUGAUCGCGUGCUGCAUGCACCCUGGUGCGGUGAAGACUGCCCUCGCCUGGAAGACGCCACCACCUCUAAGAGAGAGGCUGGUUGAUACUCCACGAUUGAUGUCUGACACCGUUGUCUACUUGACUCAGAAGAGAAGGGAGUGGCUGAGAGGGAGAUACGUCUCUUGCAACUGGGAUAUGCAGGAAUUGCUUGGAAUGGAGGAUGAAAUUGUGGAGAAGGACAUGUUGAAGAUGCGGAUGGUGGUCUAA